GGCUUCACCACAAAUCACCUGACCAAAGACCUUGUGCCAUGGCGCCGGCAUGGCGAUGCGCAGUCAGAGGCUCGCCUCGGCUGUUUGUCUGCAUUGGGCUUGCGCUUUUCUAGCGCUCACGAUCGAACGAUCCGGGUUUGAAGGCCUGGAACCCGGCGCUGGCGCAGCUGGCGCAGCUCUCCAAAAAGCCCACGCCGCCGCAGCGGCGGAGUGCGCUGCAGCAGCUGUGGCACAGCCAGGCCUUCUUGGAGACUCCGCGGCACUUUGCGCUCGCGAUCAACGCGUUCGGCCGAGAGAGGCGAUGGCAGGAUGCGCUGCAUCUGCUGGCACAGAUGCCUCAGCGCUCGCUCGGGCCUUGCAUGUUCUCGCACAGUGCGGCUGUCAGCGCCUGCGCCCGGGCCUCUGCCUGGCCUGCAGCCAUGGGGCUCAUUUGUGAUGCCGGCACAGAGCCAGACCUCAUCGCGGUCACCAGCGCGCUCACCGCGUGCCAAAAAGCCAGCCGAUGGCAGGAGGCCCUAGCGCUGCAGGCGGAGGCGCAAAGGCGGGCGCUGCAGCUGGACAUCGUGGCGCUGAACUCCGUCAUCAGCAGCUGUGGCAAGGGCUCGGCGUGGGCUGCUGCUUUGGCACUGCUGCAGUUUGCAGACUCGCAAAGACUGAAGCCCGGGCUGGUGACGUGGAGCUCCGCCGUCUCGGCCUGCGAGCGCGGCCAGCAGUGGCAGCGAGCAUUGCGGCUCUUCGCCCAAGCCAAAGAACAAGGAGUGGAUGCCAUUCUGCUGGGCGCCGCCAUCUCUGCAUGCGAGAAGGGUCGCCAGUGGCAAGUGGCGCUCGGGCUGCUGAGAGCCGCACCUGCCUGGGGCUGCCGUGCUGACACGGUGGCGGUCAAUGCGGCGCUGUCAGCCUGUGGCAAGUCCUCUGAGUGGCAGAAGGCGCUCGAGCUGCUGCGAGCGCCCGACGCCGUGAGCUUCGAUGCCGCGCUGGACGCGGUGGCCCUGGCGUCCGAGUGGCCCAAGGUCCUGGUCUUGCUGCAAGACAUGGAGCAGCAUGGCUUUCGUCGAAGCGAGUUUAGUUACGUCUCCUCGCUGUCCGCCUUAUCAUCGUCGCGCCAAUGGCAGCGGGCCAUGGUUCUGUGGGAGGAGCUGGAGAAGGGAGGCUCGGCCAACGUGCUGCUGCGCCUGGCGGGGGUAGAGGCCUUCGGGGACCAUUGCUGGCGCUGGGCGCUGCAGCUGGCCCAUGACGGGGACCUCGAUCUGCAGCGUGGGGUGCUGCGGGCGCUGCUGCGCGCCAGCCGACUGGAGGAGGCCCUAGCGCUGUACCGAGACCUUGAGGAGCAGGGCGCCUUCCAACCGUGGCUCUCGGAGUGUGAGCUGGACCUGCACGGCAUGUGCCUAGAAGUGGCCUUCCUGGCCAGCCUCUCCGCCCUAUUGAGCAGGGCGCUCUCGCCCAGGCCGCUGUUGCUGGUUGUGGGCCUCGGCCGCGGCAGUGGCACUGGCGGCCCGGUACUGGCAACGCAGCUGCCGCAGCUGCUGGCGCUUGGAGUGGCGCUGCCGUCCAACCCUGGCAGGCUGCUGGUGACCGCAGCAGACAUCGCUGGCUGGGGCUCUGAGGCUCUGAGGCUCUGAGGCUCUGAGGCUCUGAGGCUCUGAGGCUCUGAGGCUCUGAGUGAG